UUCAACGAUUAAUUCUACAUCAACCAUAUGUCACUCCCCUAUUUAUGAAGACCAAUUAUUGUACUGUAUCCGUCACUUAACAAAGUUUGCUUCAUCGACUCCAUCUUUACCUCAUGGAAAACCCAAAGAGUCUCUUCGCUAUCCUCUUUCUUUUCUCCUUUUGCUUCGCCGGAACCGUAAAAUCUGACGAUGAUUGUGUGUUCACGGUGUACGUUAGGACCGGGUCGAUCAUCAAGGGAGGAACGGACUCUAUCAUCGGACUCAAGCUAUACGAUGCAUCCGGUUACGGCAUAUACAUAAAGGAUCUUGAAGCAUGGGGCGGGUUAAUGGGUCCGGAUUAUAACUACUACGAACGGGGCAACCUUGACAUAUUCAGUGGCAAGGGUCCUUGUUUGGACGGACCCGUUUGUGCGGUGAACUUGACUUCAGACGGGUCGGGUCCUCAUCACGGGUGGUAUUGUAAUUACGUGGAGGUUACUUCAACUGGGGUCCACAUUCCAUGCGCUCAGCAACAGUUCACUAUUGAACAGUGGCUGGCUACCGACACAUCGCCUUAUGAGCUUUCGGCCGUUAGGAACUAUUGUUCAAAUGAUUUGACUCAGGCCCGUUUAAAGACCGUUGAUGCCACCAGAUCUGGGCCUGAUUUCUCUAUUUUGGGCUCAGCCGUCCGCGCUUAGAAUUAUACCCUAUAUAAGAAUAUGGUUCUCGGUUGCUACAUAAUAAUGAUAUUUAUCUUGAGUAGUUCAUGUUUUUGUGUCGUUAUUUUUUGUAUUAUAUGCCUAUUGUAUCCUCCGUGACCUUGUUUAGGUCGCAAAGUGGAAUUAGCCGUCUGGUUCCUCAUGUGGAACCCUUAUAUUUUGUGCUGUUGUUGAAUAAAAAACCGGAUUCAAGCGUUUUGGACUUUUGGGAUUGUCUUUUAUG